GAAAAUUUACGCACACACAUACAAACGGACGCACACAUCACAUCAUCUCGACGCUGAGGAUGGACCGCGAAAAGCACAGCGAUACCCGAUAUGCCGGACUGGCCGGUGGAUUAACUGGCUGCAUCACACGCUUCAUCUGUCAGCCACUGGAUGUACUGAAGAUUCGUCUUCAGCUACAGGUCGAACCGAUCAAGGCCGGAUCUACCCGUUCCAAGUAUCGUUCGAUGACACAAACGGUUGCCUGCAUUUACCGCGAAGAAGGACUUCUAGCCUUCUGGAAGGGACACAACCCGGCCCAGGUCUUGUCACUCGUGUACGGUGUGGCACAGUUUUCUUUCUACGAACGAUUUAACCGAUUAUUGCGCGAUCUACCACUGCUCGAUGGACACGACCAAGGACGACAGUUUCUGUGUGGUGCAUGUAGUGGUUCCUUUGCAGCGCUUACGAUCAUGCCACUGGACGUAAUAAGAACGCGCCUCGUUUCACAAGAUCCUGGCCGAGGCUAUCGCAACGCACUACAAGGACUGGGACAGAUCUACCGGCACGAGGGAGUGCGCGGAUUAUACCGCGGUGUUGGACCUGCCAUGCUACAGAUUGCCCCGUUAGCCGGAGGACAGUUUAUGUUUUACAAUCUGUUCGGUACGAUCGUGAAGCGGCUGGAAGGAUUGCCACAGGAAGCACAGCUAACGUCCGGUGAGCUGUUUGUCUGUGGUGGAUUGGCCGGCUUCUGCACCAAACUGCUCGUCUAUCCGUUGGAUUUGACGAAAAAAAGACUACAGAUACAGGGAUUCGCCCAAAGCCGGCAAACGUUCGGACAGCACUUUGUCUGCCGGCAUAUGAUACACUGUCUGGUGCAGGUCGCACGGGGUGAGGGUUUGCGGGGCCUGUACAAAGGGUUGCUGCCAUCGUUGCUGAAGGCCGGCUGUACGUCCGCGUUUUACUUUACGAUCUACGACACACUGUUGCUGCUGUUUAACGGCGAACGAAGCUUUAAAUAAGUUAAAUAAACGACCUCGCUUUUACAAA